AUGCUCGCAGCCUCCCCCUCGACCUCCCGCCGUCCCGUCUCGCCCGCACCCGCGCUCGCAGCCGGCAGGACCAACGGGAUGGACGCGCCGAGGCACAGGCAGUCACACGGCAGCCAGGCUUAUCCCGCAGACAAUCCGUACGGCGCCUACAACCCGCCAGCAGCCGCAGACAACGGCUUCGCGCAGAACGGCAGUUACUCGGCGAACGGAGGAGGGUACCGACCACGAUCACCCGCCGUCUUCAGCAAUGGGGACGAGGGGACGCUGUCAGCCUUCCUGUCGACCCUGAUACGGUCAGCACGGUCGACUUUCGCAGGGAACGGGGGCGGGGCCGGGACCCAGUCACUCGGGGGAUCGCUCUCGUCCCUCCUGCCCAAAGCUCCCUCCAACUCGACUUCCGCGUCCUCCUCGCACCGAAGAUCCCUCUCCGUACCCGUCGCGUCCCUCGUCCCUUCUUCCUCGACACUCGGCUUCGUCUUCCUCUGCUGCCUCUGGUACCUCUCCUCCGCCUUCUCGUCCAACACGGGCAAAUCCAUCCUCACCCGCUUCCGCUACCCCGUCACCCUCACCUUCAUCCAGUUCGCCUUCGUCGCCGGAUACUGCGUCGUCGUCCUCUCGCUGCGGGAACAGCUCGGAUCGCGCGCAGCAGGUCACCACCACCCUCACCAUGGCGCGGGACUGUCAAAGCGGAGAGGGAGCCUUGCGACGCUCGGAGCGUGGGGGAUCAGGAGGCCGUCGAGACAUAUGUUCCACGGCACGUUCAUGAUGAGCCUUUUCCAGAUCGCGGGGCAUGUCUUUUCGAGCAUGGCGAUUGCGCGGGUGCCCGUUAGUACGGUCCACACAAUCAAGGCCCUCUCACCCUUAUUCACCGUCCUCUCAUACGCCGCACUCUUCGGCGUCCGCUACUCGUCCGCCACAUACGUCGCCCUCCUCCCCCUCACUAUCGGUGUCAUGCUCGCCUGCUCCUUCGACCUCCGCGCCAACGCCGUCGGCUUCCUCUGCGCCCUCGGCUCGACCUUCAUCUUCGUUGCGCAGAAUAUCUUCUCGAAGAAGCUGCUGCCAAAGGAGAAUGCGGCGGUUUCGGCGGAAGAGAAGAGCCAGGGUGUCGGUACGGGGUCGGGCGCCAGCGGAGGAGGAGCGGGAGGGCACGCCAAGCUCGACAAGCUCAACCUCUUGUUCUACUCGUCCGGCAUGGCCUUCAUCCUCAUGAUCCCGAUCUGGCUGUACUCGGACGCCUCGGCACUCUUCUUCGGCCCAGCCACCGCUGCAACAAACGCCCAACAACCCGCCAGCUCGACGUCGGAACUCGUCUUCUUCUUCUUCGCGAACGGCACCGUCCACUUUGCGCAAAACCUCCUCGCCUUCUCCCUCCUCGCACGCACCUCGCCCGUCACAUACUCAAUCGCCUCGCUCGUCAAGCGCAUCGCAGUCAUCUGCAUCGCCAUCGUCUGGUCCGGCCAGCACGUCUCGUUCAUCCAGGCCGUCGGAAUGACGAGCACGUUUGUCGGACUGUGGAUGUACAACUCGGCCAAGACGGACGUCGACAAGGGCGAGAAGAGGCGCACGCAGGUCGAGAAGCGGAUGGAGUUGAGCUUGCCGCAGACCGUGGGCGACGCGAGGGACCUCGAUGGAGGGAUCACGCCGCCUCCACCCUCGAACUUGCACGCGCAGGCGUACGGCAACCCGCUGUCGCCGACGCAGAAGGCGCCGUCGUAUUCGGUCGCGAUAGGCGCGAGCUCGGCGGGAGAUCCUCGGUCGCCCACACAUGCGAACGGCUUCACUUCCGGCUCGCAACCUCAUCCCGCACCCGCGCCUCCUCCCCCUCAUUCGCACGCGUACCAAGCGCAGCACCCCCACGCUCCCUCCCAAAACCCCUUCUCCUCCUCGCAACAUCCCGCUCCCUCCGCGCCUACGUACGCCUCUCCCCCUCUCCACCAAAACGGCUUUGCGCCCGCUCCUCCCGCGGCCAACUCGACCAACUACUUUUCCGCCUCCGCGAGCUCGACUGCCCCGAUCACGAACGGCGCGGCAGGCCCGCGGAAUCGGCAGGCCAGCUCGAGCGUCAGCCGGGAUUCUUCACCAGCGGCGAUGAAGACGGGCGGGCAUCACCACCCCGCGAUGGGCGGGAUCCAGCCUGUCCCUACAUCGCUGUUUGGAGGUGGUGGGACAGCAGCAGCGGGUGGAGCAGGCCAGUUGCGCUGA